CAAUAACAGAGCUCCCAUUGAAUUAACAAAUUAUAGAUUAACAUUCAAUGGAAUAUCAAUCAAGAUGAUACCCCAAUUCUUCCCGUUCUCAAUUGGUAGUUAAAACCCAUCAAAAUCAAGUAAUCAAAACUCAAAAUCGCUAAACGAGGCUUAUCAUGAACUUUGGCAGACAAAUUCAAAAUCCCUAGGCGAUAACACUAACCUUCUUGAGUUAUCUGUUAUUAGGGGAGGGAGCUGAAUUGGAGAAGACGAUUAAGAUGUUGUUGAAUGGAGUUAUGAUGUCCUUGGUGAUGAUGAUUCUGAUGUUGUUGAGAAGGGCUGAGCUGAACUGGAGAAGACGAAGCCACGAAGGACGAUCGAGACUCGAGACAGGGGAUGAAGACUCGAUGGCUCCAGCGAACAGAGACGACGAAGGGCGGUUUGGCCAGGGGAGGGAGACUCGGUGGAGUUUCUCGAUCUCGUACUCCUCGUGGUCGCCAGAGGCAGGGCUGGCUGGAGCAGACGAACGACGGUCGAGCCAGGGGAAGGAGAGUCGGAGGCGUUCUCGGGCAGCCAAGCUCGCCGUUUUGCUGCCGUCACCGAUCGCCAGACUCCAGAAUCCAGAUGUAGGGGUGAGAUGGAGAAGAGGAGCAGCGGCGGGUUGAGAACUGGAGAGGAGAAGAAAGCUUCUUCGAUUCGUGAAUCGUGUUAGGGAUUGGGUUGGCUUGCAAUUGAUUUUGGACAAGAUUUUUGUUUUUUGUUUUUAAAUUUUUUGUUUAAUAAACAACGUCCUUUGAA